AUGAAUCCCGCAAACUUCCCCAAUGUUGGCGGGGGCAUGCCUGGCGGAGCCAAUCCGCACGGCCAGACACAGAUGCCGCAGAGAAAUGAAAAUGCAUCGGUUAUAAUGAACCAGGUGGCUCAGGCGCUUCAAGCCCAGGGUCCUUUUAGCGGUUGGAGGGCGGAAGUUCCGAUUAAAGACCGAGCUGUCAAGCCACGAAUUGAUUUUCAGAGCGCGGCUCAAGCUGCAAUGAGCUUUGAGCAGAAAGCAUUCAAAGACGCCAGGGAAAAAGCCGACUAUGAUAAGGAAUGCAACGAGAAGUUGAUCCACAUACGAGACACUAGAGCAAGACAAGCCGCAGUUAUGCAGAAUGGGAUGAUGCCCCAAGGGCCCGCAGCAGGUAUGCCUGGGGUAGGGCAGAAUGGGUUUCAGCAGUUGAACCGUCCUGUGCAGGCAUCUCCAAUGCCAGGCCAACAGCAGAUGCCGAUCGGCAUCAAUGAUCCUACACAACAAGCCGCAAUUCAACAGCGCCAACAGCAACAACAGCAGCAGCAGCAGUCACAACAACAGCAACAGCAGCAACAGUCGCAGCAGAAUCAGGCUAUGCUCCAGCAGCAACGUGUGCAACAACGGCCAGGCGGCAAUGCUUCCCUGCCUGACGAUCUCAAUACCCUCUCGGCUCAAGAAUAUGAACAUGUCUGUCGGAUAGCCAAUCAAAUCCUUGCUAAAACGCCUCCGGAAGACAUGGAGAAAAUCCGCAUGAACCUACAGAAUAUGACACCGGAACAAAGACAAUACCUUACCCGAAAGAACAUGGAUCCGAUUACGUACUUCUUCCGUUGCCAGGCUUUGAAUCAACUCAGAAGGCAUAAACGGAACCGCAUGGAAAUGGCACGAGCGCAGAGCGCCGGUGUCGAUCCCAAUGGGGCCAUGAUGACAGAUCCCAUGAUGAAUCCGCAGCAGCGACAGAUCUUUCAGAAUAUGAUGACCUUUCAGCGCAAUUCGGGAUUUCCCAUGGGCAACCAACAGAGCCUUGAUCCGUCGUCGUUCAUUGGUAACGUGGAAAAUAUCCAGGGCCAGCAAGCGGACGGGUUGCGUUCCCAAGAAGCAGGCCAGCUCGUGGUGCCUGCCAGUUCUUCCCAAAUGAAUCAACAGCCAUACACUGCUCCUCAGAACAUGUUUCAAGUGGGCCAGCAGAUGGGUCAAGGGGGUCAGACCAACCUCAAUGGCGCCUCUAUCAGCCCUCAGUUUCUCGCGGCACAGCACCUGCAGAAUCCUCAGAACGUCCAGCAGGAUCGAAAUCAGCAGGCGGCACAGUUCCAGCCUCAGCCCCAAGCGCAAACCCAAGCGCAAGCACGAGCUCAAGCAGCCCAGAAAGCGCAAAUGGCGAUAUCGCAAGCAGGGCAGGCUAAUCCACAAAUGCAGCAACAACUAUCUCAAAGCCCCGCUAUGCCGAUGUUGAACCGUCCCAUGCCGCCUGGGCAGAUGUCCCCAAGGCAAGUGGCUGCACAAGUCCGGCCGCCGUCGCGGGCUCCCGGGAUGGGACAACAGCCCAAUGGCGUGCAGGGUCUUGCAGGACAGCCCGGAAUGCAAAGUCGACCCCAGAUUCCCCCUGGUCUGCCACCCGCGGCGCACGAACAGCUGGCUCAAAUGACCCCUGAACACCUCAAUGCUUUUCUUUUAAAUCAGCAGCGCCGUGCUCUCGCAAAUAACCAAGCUCUCGCAAGAGCAAAUGCUGGUCAGCAACCGUUGCCCAUGCAGCAGAAUUUGUCGCAACCCGGCCAGAAUCAGCAGAUGGUGAACAAUCAGAUGGGUAAUAAUCAGAACAUGCGCGCGUCUCUCGGACUGCAACAGCAACUGGCCGGAAUGAACAAUGGACAAAUGCCCAAUCAGAUGCUCGCGGGGCAGCAGAUGUCGGCUCAGCAACGGCAACAACAACAGAGGCAGCACGACUUGUACAAACUGCAACUUCUGCGGCAGCAGAGUGGGAGCAUAGAGAUGACGCCUGAUCAGGUCAAGGAGAUGGAUCGCAUUCAAUUCCCUCCUGCGAUCCUAGCUAACAACCCGAAUAUGGUUUCCCCAGUCCCGAAGCAUAUCAAGACCUGGGGUCAGUUGAAACAAUGGGUGGCCGCAAACCCGCAAGCUCUUGGGGGAGUUGAUUUGCAGAAACUCAUGACUUUGCAGAAGCUACAUCUUGCCCAGAUUGUAGCUCAAGGGAAAGAAGGAGCCGUCCGUAACGUAGAUCAGAAUGGCCAGGGCAACUGGGGACAGAUGAUGACUUUCCAGGGACAGCCCCAGCAGUUUGUGAAUCCACAAGCGUUUCAGGCGGGCCAGCAGCAAGUACCAAUGAACAUGCCGGCGUUGAGGCCGGUCACCGCCACUGAAAUCCAAAUGGCUCGCCAGCGCUUGGGUGCUCAAGUGGCCAACUACUCCGACGACCAGCUCCGCGAGAUCAUCCUUCGGAACAGGCAGAAACAACUGAUGCAGAUGGCCCAAAGCCGAGCAGCCCAGGCUUUAGCCGCGCAGAAUAUGAACCAAAACCAGCAGAACCAAACGGUGCAACAGCCUCCAUUGUCAGGCCCUUCUACCAAUCCUCAGGCAAAGCAGGGUCCUCAGCAGCCCACCCCACCUCAAAACCAACAAAACCAAACUGUCAAGGCUCAAAAUACGGCGGCUGCGAAGGGUGUAAAGGGCUCGGCUCCCAAACAGGGCACCAAGCGCAAAUCAGCCGCUGAUGAGCCUACAGAAGCCCAAGCAGCACCAGUCUCAAAGACAGCCCAGCCCACUACUACUCAAGGAGGAGUAUCGGCGCCGCCUUCUAGACCCAAUAUGACUAUCACGCCCGAGCAACUGGCUGCAAUGACCCCUCAGCAGCGCAUGCAGUUAGCGCAAAUGCGUAGACAACAAGGUCAACAACGGCUUCCGAUCAGUCGAGCAGCGGCGGAGGAAGCAUGGAACAACCUACCCGAGAAGAUUCGACAGCUCUACAACGAUAUUGCGAAGAAUGCGCCUGCAGCGGAACCUGUUGCCCUUUCACCGGAGCAGAAAGCUGCCAUGACCCAGCAACUUCGUGAAUGCACCGACAUGCUUGGUAGAAUGGACACUCUUGCCCAAUGGUUCUCAAAAAUCCCUGGCCAGGAGAAGAACGUUCGCAGUUUACUUGCAAUGUUUACCAUUGCUCCAGAAUAUCUUAGCGGCACCAUCAAUUACAUCCGGAAGCUGUUCCACGCUAUGAUCACUCGGGUGAACCAACAGCAAAAUCAACCUCCUGGCCACCGGCCGAGUAGCGUGCCACAAGGAUCCUCUACCAUGCCGCAGCCCAAUCAAAACAAUAUGCCUGCUCUAAAUGCAAGUAACUUGCAGCAGCUUCAACAACAGGAAGAGGCUCUCCAGCGAGCCCGAAGAGCCUCAAGCCAGGCCGCUUCGGCAACAUCUGCAGUGCCGCAGCCACCUUUUGGAGCGCCAUCUCCCCAAGGAGUUCCACACGUUUACGGUCCGGGAAGCAUUCCGCCCGAGAAGUUGAAGAUUCCUCCUUCGAAGAAAAGGAAGCAGUCUCAUCCUGGCGGGACUCCAACCCAAGGUCAAGCUCCUGGCACACCAGUCUCGAAGUUGCAGGCGGCUAAGCAGGCCGUGCCUGAGGCUAAGCCAGCUGGUCUAGUCCUGGGUGGCCCAUUCAAGUGCAGCGUUAUUGAGUGUCAGUAUCACCAUCUCGGGUUUGCGACUCAGGAUGCACUUGAUAAGCAUGUCGGAGAAAGCCACAAGGUGGAGGAGCCGAUCAACGAUCCUCUCGAGUUUGCCAUUGAAAGCUUCCACACUAGUCUUGUGAAGGACGAAGAGGGAGCCCAACCUCAGGAUCUCACGAAGGACCUUCUUACCACCGGUAUCGUUUCGUCUUCCGCAAAGCAUGAAGUCAAGGGUGAACCAAUCGCUCCUAAUACCCCCGGUGUGGGUCGCGCGCCCGGACCCCUUGGCACUAAGCCCGCUUCUCCUGGUUCGACUCAGCAGACUCCUCGUACAACUGCGGCCAAAGUUCCCACCUUGUCGGCGCUCAAGCCAAGCCCGAGUAAGGAUGGUAAGAAGGAAACUGUAAAGCCGGUGGAUCAGUCUGCGCCAUCUGCUGCAGUUACCAAGGAUCCUUGGGCAGAUAGCACCAUUUCUCUCGAGGCCAUUCAAGAUACGUUCAUGGAUUUCGGCGGCGAUUCAGGAUUUGGCUUUGGGUCUAUGGAUGAGUUCAUCAACCCUGAAAUGUUCGCCAAUGCGCAGUCUGAGGAUACUCCCGACUCUGUCGAAACCGGCGUUGCGACGCAGACGCCAAAGGAUAGCGAGGUCCCAAAGAUCCAAGAUGCUAGCGGCAAGUUUGAUGUCUCUGAUGAUAGCUGGAUCCCGAUGGACUGGAUCAACGUUCCUUCACGUUUUGAAGACGCGCUCGUGGUUAAUGACUCUUGGGAGAAUUUCGACUGGGGUACAGUUGAGCUGAACAACGGGGCCAUGACUGUUGACGACAACGGCAUUGCCAUCUAUGCCAUGUAA